UCCUCCUCCUCCUCCAUCCCUCCCUUCGCGGCUGAGGAGGCGCCUGAGCGCGGCGGCAUCUUCCCUUGUCUCGUUGGCGGGAGGAGGAGGAGCCGCCGCCGCCGCUUGGGAGGAAGGGGGACACAAGCACAAAUCCAUAUGGAGGAUGAACCUCCUCCUUCUCGAGAAGUCAGUGUCAAGGUCUUGGAGGCAACAUUACUGUCAGCUCUGAAGAUGCUGGAUGUUGGGAAAUGGCCAAUUUUUUCUCUCUGUUCCCAAGAAGAGCUCAGGUUAAUUCGUCAAGCCUGUGUGUUUGGCAGUGCUGGUAAUGAAGUGUUGUAUGCAACUGAAAAUGAUGAGGUUUUUGUGCUUGGCAUGAACUGCAGUGGGUGUUUGGGAACAGGUGACAUGCAGAGCACUAUUGAACCAAGGAGGUUAGAUUCUCUGUGUGGCAAAAAGAUAGCCUGUCUGAGUUAUGGAAGUGGCCCUCAUGUUGUUCUUGCUACAGAAGAAGGAGAAGUGUAUACAUGGGGUCAUAAUGCCUAUAGUCAGUUGGGCAAUGGUACAACAAAUCAUGGUUUCAUUCCCUGUCAAGUCUCUACUAACUUGGUGAACAAGAAAGUCAUUGAAGUUGCCUGUGGCUCUCAUCAUUCUAUGGUGUUAACAUCUGAUGGAGAGGUGUACACGUGGGGCUAUAAUAACUCAGGCCAAGUUGGAUCUGGUUCAACAGCUAACCAACCAAUUCCUCGAAGAGUUACCAGCUGCCUACAGAAUAAAAUAGUAGUUAAUAUAGCUUGUGGACAAAUGUGUUCUAUGGCUGUGGUGGAAAAUGGAGAGGUCUAUGUCUGGGGUUACAACGGGAACGGGCAGCUUGGGCUGGGCAGCAGCGGCAAUCAGCCAACGCCGUGCCGAAUAGCAGCCUUGCAAGGCAUUCGUGUGCAGCGGGUUGCCUGUGGCUAUGCACAUACAUUAGUGCUAACAGAUGAAGGUCAGAUUUAUGCCUGGGGAGCCAAUUCAUAUGGCCAGUUAGGUACUGGGAAUAAAAGUAACCAGUCUUACCCUACAACAGUUGUUGUGGAUAAGGACAGAGUUAUAGAGAUUGCAGCCUGCCACUCUGCUCACACGUCGGCUGCCAAGACGCAGAGCGGCCAGGUGUACAUGUGGGGCCAGUGCCGCGGGCAGUCGGUGAUCCUGCCCCACCUCACUCACUUUGCCUGCACUGACGAUGUGUUUGCUUGCUUUGCUACCCCUGCCGUUAUGUGGAGGCUUCUAUCCGUAGAACCUGAUGACCAUCUAACAGUAGCCCAGUCACUAAAGAAGGAGUUUGACAACCCUGAAACUGCAGACCUGAAGUUUCUAGUGGACGGAAAAUACAUUCAUGUUCAUAAAGUUCUUCUCAAAAUUAGGUGUGAACAUUUUCGUUCCAUACUGAAUAAUGAUGACGAAAUUAUAGAAAUGAGUGAAUUUUCUUACCCUGUUUACCGAGCCUUCCUGGAAUACCUGUAUACAGACAACAUUAGGCUCCCUCCUGAAGAUGCAAUAGGACUACUAGAUUUGGCAACACUGUAUGGAGAAAACAGAUUGAAAAAGCUUUGCCAGCAAACCAUCAAACAAGGCAUUUGUGAAGAGAAUGCCAUUGCUCUUCUUUCUGCAGCUGUCAAAUAUGAAGCUCAGGACUUGGAAGAAUUUUGCUUCAGAUUUUGCAUAAACCAUUUAACUGUUGUUACACAAACUCAAGGCUUUGCAGAAAUGGACCACGACCUCCUGAAAAACUUCAUUAGCAAAGCAAGCAGAGUGGGAGCGUUCCGAAACUGAGGUCUGACUACUGCCAAGCUGAAGAGCACAUCCUUGCCCCUCCUGGAAAUACCUCUCCUUUGGAGAACUUACCCCUGGUCAGAAUGUGCAAAGGUUUGGAAAGAAAGACUGGGUGUCCAUCAGUUUAGGAAAUGUGUAAAAGUCUGCUAACGUACAGGUUUUUAUAAAGAUGGCUACAGUGUAGAUGUACGGUGAGAGUUCACUGCCAACAGUCAGAAUUUUAACAGCAAAAGUCAAAUGCAGAGAACUACAUUUUCCCACUUAAAAGUCAAGCAAACAUCAUUAUCUUGCCUGUCUGGUUUGAGGUUUUUUUUUUGGUUUGGUUUGGUUUUUUUAUUAGACAACCUGCAUUUGGAUUUUAUGGGACAGUGAGCUGUUUGCUGCUAAAACUUUUGUCACCCAACUAAGUUAACAUGCCGUAGUGGGCUGCUUUGUGCCUGGUUUAUCAUCUGGUGAAGAUACAAACUUGGUUUUCUGAACAUAUGAUAAGGUAGUAAAUUCUUUAGGAUGAGAGGCUUUCUGAUUGGUAGGAGGAUACGUCUCACUUGGUCAUUAUUUGGAGUGUAAAUAUGUAAACCCUGGAUAUUACAGUUUUGAGUUCCUGGCACUUACAUCCAUUGUUCUAGACAGAAUGAAAAAAAUCUUCCUUUCCAUUACGCCAAGCACGUUCUCUGGCACCCCAGCGGGCCAGGAAGCAUUCACAGUAGUUGUCUGGAUGUGAAUUACUGCGCUGUGUGCUCUGGUACUCAGAAAACCAUCUGGUUGCUUGUUACCAAACCCAAACAAAAUCUCAAGGAAAGGGAAAUUCCAGUUGAGGUUUGUUUAUUCAUGUUUUGCUGUCUAUCUCCAGAUAGAUUCUCUUAAGAAAAAUGGAGGGAAAAAUACAGUUUUGAAGCGAUAAAAAUGGGUCUUACAAUUAAAUCUGAAUUUUCCACAUUAUUUUCCACGUAGCAAUAAGGACACCUUGUCCAAAUGCGUUGUUGCAGGUUCUCCUUUGGUCAGUGCUAUGAGGUGACCAUACCACUUACCUUACAUGCCUGGUUUAGGUGAGAGGAGUUUGCCCUCAUCAUGGACCAUGGAGGGGACCGGCUGGCUAAGGUGGAGUAGAUGCUUAAUUUCUGACUGACUGAGGUGAGUUAAGAUGAAACCCCACCCCGUGUUGCACAGAGGGAGGUUUGCCCCGUUACAGAGGAUGCUGAGCUCAUGAAGCAUUUACUUGAAUUUUCUAAUCGGCAGCUGUGAAUUAACCCUGAGAAAUUCUUUCUCUUAAAAUUUUGGCUGGGUGAAGUGGCUUUAAGUGCCUUUCGUAGCAUUUUUAUAACUGGAGAAGGCAAGGGGCUGGAUGACCAGGCUCAGUCCACUAAUAGUCACGCAGCCUUCCUUCAGAUCCUCGCUGCGCUACAGAAUCCUUCGAUGACUUUUUCUAAAUCCUCAAAUGCGGUUUCUAAAAGAACCUAAUCCCCUUAAACCAUCACAGCCUCAUUUCCACAUUUCUAAAGUAGAAAUAACUGUUCUUUGUUACAUUGGGGGAUCACUCCUCAAACAGUUCUGUUCCUCGGGGAGGAAAGGGAGCAGCACUUCCUCAGAGAAGCAGUGAGUGGUGCCUCUCUUCACAUCGGCCCCUGGGAGUGCGCGUGGAAGGGCGAGGCACGCAGAGUUUACUUAGGAAGAGGGCCGUAAGCAAAUUAGUUUGGAAAAUGCUGUGGUUAAAAAAAAAAGGUCUUGUGCUUGAGGCACCUGCCUCAGGCGCUCACUAGAAAUACAUUGGAUCACCUGCUGCUGCCAAGCGUGCUCUGCCACCCCCCGGGUGAUUGGUACACCUUCCCCCAGCAGCUGAGUCUUGGGGUCGCGCCGGCCUUCCCGAGGAACGUACGGUAACGGGCCUCUCCAAACGUUUCUGUCGUUUUACUUAAAAGAACCAAACGGAAACCGGAAAUGAGAAAUGCCUGCUUUUAACUGAAGGUCUGGUCGCAGAGGUUCUCUGCUCGGUGGCAAGCCCGGCUCCCUGGAGACACCCCUCCACGGAGCGGCAGCGCCGGCGUGCGACACCGCUCUCCUGAGCUGGCUCGGGGUGGGAACACAGUUCCCCAGCUGCUGCUGGCACAAGGGCAUGCUCUCUCUCCUAGCACCGCUUUUUUUGCCUCGAUAUAACCAGCGGAGCCCUUUUUUCCCCAAUCUAUUUCCUUCCUGCUCAUAAUUUCCAACCUACCGCGCGCAUUAAAACCUAGCUGCAAUUUCAGAGUAAUUGACACAGCCUGUAAUUCUGAGGAGAAAGCAGCUCUGGCUCGAAUGAGGGCGAUUCUGAAGAUCCAGUGCUGGCUUUGAUUUCCUGCAGUAUGUAUCACCAGACCUGGAUGUGAUAGUAUUACGUUCAUAGAGACACUUAUUUAAUUUUUUAAACUUUCCUUGCAUGCACUUUCCUUGGCACUUGAAGGUCAGUGUUUAAAAAAACAUACUGGCUUAGGUGGUUAAAUGUGAGUGGAGGUAUGUGCUUGAAACCCAGUCGUGGGACACUUAAGCAGAAAUUAGGGAUGCAUUUUACCAUCGUGAGAUGGUCUGCCACAAACUUACAUUUAUGGAUCUUGCAGGUUAAAUACUUAAUACAGUAUUUAAGGAUGUAAGUAUUGUUCUGGUUUAGGACACCCGAGGGGAAAAGGUAUUUGUUAAAAAGUGAAAAUAAGGUCAGGCAUAAAUUGUGUCUGGGGUUUAAGUACAGAGGAACGUUCCAUUUUGCAGAAAGGGAAGCAGGUAGAUAACUUCCUGAAUCAAAUGGAAGUUGAAAGAAAAAGAAAUUAGAGGGAUGGGGUCAUUUAAGGGUUCUCUUCUGAUAGGGAAGCUGAGAGCCAGCAUUGCACUGUCACCUAGCACCCGCUGCUAGAGUUUCAUUACAAUGCCUGGUAACUGUGUAAACUGCUGGGUUUGCACAAUCGGAACAAUUUCCACGAGCUCUCCUUGUAAAACAAAGCGUUUACGUACCCCACAGAGACAGGACUCAUUGGCUACCACCUAAUGAUGUAGAAGGUUUACAGCCCGAAUAUAAAAUCAUGUUUUCAUUUCUUGUUUCUUUAUAAACUUGCCUGGUUUCAGUAAUAAAGACGCCGUAAUAUUUAAA